AUGCAACCAUCCAAAAUUCUUCUCAUUUUAACGACAAUCGUGAGUGUAAUAAUCACAAACAGUAACAAUAAUGUCAUAGCAAAUCAGCUAAAUGACUGUAAAUGGGAAUAUAAUCGCGUCACAAAGCACACAAAAUGUUUUGUGCGGACGUUAGAUCCAACCCAUAAUCCGGAGUUGUUGCAAGGCGCUCAGGGCUCCGGAUCCGGUAAAUUGGAUAUUGUGUGUGAUCAAUCGAUAUUAUUAGAAAGUCAAUUACCAAAAGAUCUGUUUCGUGACAUAACGAGUGUAAAUGAAUUAACAUUAGACUCAUGUAAAAUAUUAAAAAUACCAGAACAUUCAUUUAAUGGACUUUAUGGACUGAAAAAAUUGACUAUUAGUACGAAAAAUUCAGAAUGGGGUGUUAUAAAGUCACUGGAAUUAAACGAAAAUGCAAUGAAUGGAUUGAAGCAAUUGACAACAUUAGAGCUCACCGAUUCAAAUAUUCGAGUGAUACCGGAUGGAUUUUAUUGUCCAUUAAAUAAUUUACAAGUGCUUAAUUUAACGCACAAUCGAAUCCGAUCGACGGAAAAUCUAGGUUUCCUAUCGGGUGAUGAGUGCAGUAAUGGAAAUAGUGCAUUAAAAGAAAUUCAUACACUCGACUUAAGUUGGAAUGAGUUACGUGUCAUACCAGACAAUUGGGCCGUAUCAAAACUUAGACGGCUAUCGCAUCUGAAUCUACAGCAUAAUAAUAUAAGUGAAUUAAGUAGUGAAACGUUAAGCGGUUUAUUAGCAUUGAGGACAUUAAAUAUAAGUUAUAAUCACAUAGAUCAAAUUCCAAAUGAAAUGUUUCAUAAUUCAAAAGAGCUACGCGAGAUUCAUCUACAAAAUAAUGAAUUAUAUGAGCUACCGCCUGGUUUAUUUCAUCAACUUGCUCAGCUUCUUAUACUUGAUUUAUCACAGAAUCAAUUUACAAGUCAUUACAUAAAUAGUGAAACAUUUGCUAAAUUAAUACGUUUAAGGAUCUUAAAUUUAUCCCAUAACGCUCUCACCCGUAUUGAUUCAAAGACAUUUAAUGAUUUACACAUCCUACAAGUGCUAAAUUUAAGAAAUAAUUCAAUCGGAUAUAUCGAUGAGAAUGCAUUCGGAUCAUUAUACAAUUUAUAUGAAUUAAAUUUAGCUGAGAAUCGCUUACAUACGCUGAGCGAUAAAUUAUUUGAUGGACUCAAAGUGCUUACAAAAUUGACAUUAAACAAUAAUCUCAUUAGUGUAGUGGAGCCGAGUGUGUUCGAAAAGUGUCCAAACUUAAGAGAAUUAGAUUUGAGUUCAAAUCAAUUGCAGGAUGUGCCUGAUGCACUCAAACUCUUGUCUGAUUUACGUACAUUAGAUUUGGGUGAGAAUCAAAUUACGAAAUUUCGUCCUGGCUGCUUCAAAAAUCUAAUUCAAUUAAAUGGUUUGCGAUUGAUUGAUAAUCAAAUUGAGAAUAUAACAAAGGGAAUGUUUGAUGACUUGCCACAACUGAGCGUAUUGAAUAUGGCAAAGAAUCGUAUUCAAUCUGUCGAAAGAGGCUCGUUCGAUACAAACAAACAAAUUGAAGCGAUUCGUUUAGAUGGAAACUUUGUUUCGGAUAUAAAUGGAGUUUUCUCACAAUUAUCAUCUCUUUUGUGGCUCAACAUGGCUGAGAAUCAUCUCGUUUGGUUUGACUAUGCAUUUGUACCGAAAAAUUUAAAGUGGCUCGACAUACACGGCAACUAUAUUGAAACACUUGGCAACUAUUAUAAAUUGCAGGAAGAGAUACGCAUAAAGACACUCGAUGCCAGUCACAAUCGUAUCACGGAAGUUGGACCAAUGAAUGUGCCAAAUAGUGUUGAAUUGCUGUUCAUCAAUAAUAAUCAUAUAACCAAAAUUCAUGCCAAUACAUUUAUUGAUAAAGUGAAUUUGACACGAGUCGAUAUGUACGCAAAUGCACUACGCAAACUGCAAAUGCAUCAGUUACGAAUAGCACCGUCAAAAGCGAGUAGUGAGACGCAAGUACUUCCCGAAUUUUAUCUUGGUGGUAAUCCAUUCGAAUGUGACUGCUCAAUGGAAUGGCUUCAACGUAUUAACAACUUUACGUCACGUCAACAUCCGAAAAUUAUGGAUUUGCAAGUUAUUGAAUGUGUGAUGCCGCACAAACGUGGUCUACCUAUACGACCGGUCGAGACACUUGACAUCUCUGAAUUUGUAUGUCCUUAUCAAAGUCAUUGUUUUGCUUUAUGUAAUUGUUGCGAUAAGAGUGACUGCGAGUGCGAUAUGACAUGCCCACAAAAUUGUUCAUGCUAUCACGAUCAGGCAUGGGCAUCAAAUAUGGUCGAUUGUGGCAAUCACAAUAGUCAAUUUCUACCACGACUCAUACCAGCUGAUGUGACCGAAAUGUAUUUAGAUGGAAACAAUUAUCCGGAAUUGGAUGUUGCUCAAUUUCGACAGCACAGCAAAUUGCGACAGUUGUACUUAAAUGCAAGUAAAAUUGAAAUAAUUCGUAAUCGAACGUUCUUUGGACUGUCAACAUUACAAACAUUACAUUUAAAUGAUAAUAAAUUACAAAAGCUAUACGGAUACGAGUUUGAACAAUUAAUUAGACUAAAGGAAUUGAAUUUGCAUAAUAAUCAAUUGUCGUACAUAGGAAACCAAACCUUUAUACAUUUAAGAUCGCUGCAAAUUUUACGCAUCGAUGGUAAUCAAUUAACGAAUGCAUGGCUAUGGCAAUUGUUGCCAUCAUUGUCCAAUAAUGGAAUGGAACAGAAAUUACAGAAACUUACAAUGGGACGCAAUCCAUGGAGUUGUCGUUGUCGAUUCUUACAGGAAAUGACACAAUUCGUUGCAGAUAAUGCCGUGAUUAUACAAGAUGCUCAAGAUAUUUAUUGUGUUGAUGAAAAUGCACAGCGUGAGUUAGACUUCAAUUCAACAUCGGUGUGUAGUGACUUUUAUUUGAGCUCAUCAAGCUCUGGAAUAGCACAAUUUAUUCUAUUCAAUGAAUACAUACCGCUUUUGAUCACACUAUUGACGACAAUUUGCUUGCUGAUUAUCUUCAUCAUUCUAUUCAUCUUUCGAGAACCAUUGAAAUUAUGGUUCUUCUCACACUAUGGCUUCUUUGGUCCGCCGUGUGACGAUCCAGAGAAAUUAUACGAUGCCGUGAUCUUUCACUCGCCAAAAGAUAUUGAAUAUGUCGUUAAGCAUAUCGCAAAUGAAUUUGAAUGCGGUCGCCCACCAAAUUUACGUUUAUGCUUACAAUAUCGUGAUUUAAAUGAAGAUGCGAGUUACAUUCAACUGUAUGAGACUGCUUGCGCUUCACGUAAAAUUGUCAUAUUGUUGACACGAAACUUUUUACAGACUGAGUGGGCACGAUUUGACUUAAGACGUGCCGUGCAUGAGGCAUUGCGUGGUAGACAAUAUAAGUUGAUAGUAAUUGAAGAUCCCGAUGCGAUUCAUGAUGCUGAAAAUGAUAUUGAAUUAAUGCCAUAUUUAAAAGCAUCUGGAGUUAUUCGGAUACGAAGAAAUGAUCGAAAUUUCAUUGAUAAAAUGAAAUAUGCAAUGCCAAUGGAGGUUGCAUACCGCGGUGGUGGAAAUAAUUAUACACUCGAGCAUCAACAUCAUAUGACAAUGCCGGCUUACAUGUCACAACAUCAUGUACCGAUGACACAGCCACGAAAUUCAAAAACAUCAUAUCCUAAUUGCACGGCAACGAUGAAUGGCGUUAUAAUGUAUCAUAAUCAACGACAAGCACCGCCACCUGCCUACUGUCCCGAAUUGGACGAAACAAAUUAUUCGUCAGCCACAACGGCAUCGCCUAGUCCACAUCCAUCGAGGCAAAAUAUUUUAACAUCUGACGUUCCUCAAGCGUCUGUCUCGCAACCGCAACAGCAAAAUCUAGUAAGUAAACAGAAUAACAAUCAACAACAGCAGCAGCAACAUUCAAAUCAGCGACCCUUAUCAGAACAUAUUUAUUCAAGUAUCGAUUCCGAUUAUAGUACAUUAGACUGUGAGAAUCAACUGCUUCAACCACAAGUGCAAACACCACAACAUCAAUAUCAAUCAAGUAGUGAUUCGACAACAGCUCUUCAUCGACCAAAUGUUUUGAAUACGGCAACAUGGCGAACUGUUAAUGGAAGCAUUCCAAAUGGACAGCAGCCUCAUGUUCAAGCUUAUCUAGUGUAA